AUGACGUCAUUGAACAUUCUCGAUUCCGACGGGCGGUAUGUGCGGUUGUGGCAACAAAAUGAUCGAGCCCUUCGCAAUGUUGUUCUGCUUCGCACGCGACCUAGCAUGGCGCGCGGCAUGGUCAGUAACGAAAUUGCUCUUGAAUGGUGCCAUGGGGCUGAGGAUACACAUCUCACGCCAACCUUUCCCACGAGACGUGGCGUGAAGACCGAGGCGAGGUGGAGGUUGGGAGUCGGCGAGAGGGUUUGGAACGGGCAUAGCUUCGUAGGCGAGCCCGCGAUCCCAAAGACCAGGGUGGAGCGAAGGCGUUGUACUAGCGCCAUGUUCAUUACCUGGCCAUCCGCUGCGUGCGCUCCCGAUGGCUCAGUCGACGAGGGAGGGGGUUGGAACGAGAGUGAAUAUACGUCGGGUCGAUGCGAGCGUAGCGGGCGGGCGAGCUCCGGACGGGGGAAUACGAGAGAGGACGACACAGAGCAUACACAGGAGCUAAAACGUCAUGAGGCUAGUUCUGGAAUCGUGACAGUGGUGAGCCUAGGCGUCCGAACGAACGCAGAGCCCCAGUUCUACGCCGGAAAGGGUGUCCUGUUGAAUGAGUUUGGUCGUGGAGAGACUAGACUUGAGGUUCGGGGUACGAGGAGCAAGACGCGACGUGGAGCGGGAGAGAAAGACCAGGGCUGA